CCAUUUUGGCUCACGUUUUUGCGCAACCAAUUUGUGCUCCAGCAUCAAGCCUAUCCCUGUUACUCUUUGCUCGCUCUUGUCCACUCUCUUCUCAUGUCGAGCAGCGGUCAGAUCAAGAAGUUUUUCACCGACAAGGGGUUCGGCUUCAUUACGCCAGAUGAUGGCUCUGAAGAUGUGUUCGUCCACGUGAAGGACAAUGGCGGCGACGAUGCGUUUGCGAACGUACAGGCGGGUGAUGCUGUCAGGUAUGAUGCCGAGUAUGACGAUCGGAAGGGCAAAUAUCUAGUGGACUUUGGGCACCCCAUACCAUGCCCACGCCAAGGGAGCGGAUAA